UGAAAAUGGCGGCUUGUGCUAGAAGGGAGAAAGGUCUUUACGCAGCUUUAAACAGCGCAUCAACAGCUGACGUUCUCCCUCGCAGUGUCAAAAAGAGAAGAAAAGCAUCGAGCCAAAUGCGGGAAGUAGAGCGUCUUAUCGCUCGAAGGGAAAGUGCUACGGGUACUGAGUACUUAGUUUUAUGGAAGGGAUAUUCUCCUUAUGACUCUAGCUGGGAACCGGAGGAAAAUGUCACCCUCGAUUGUAUCCGAUUAUUUGAGAAUCCAUCCCCAGCAGAGUUAAUAGUAUUUGAUGAUUGUACAACUCUUCGAGUGGCGGUAGAGCAGCACUUAAAAUCUGAAACAAGCCUCAAUACAGCUACAGGCUUUAGACAACUGUGAUUCAAGCCUUGCACUUGCGCUGUUUAGACGAAAUGCAGUUCCUGGUAUAUUCAAAUUUACUAGGUCAAUAUACCGUACCCCAGCACCGAGGGUUCCUGAAAGCAGAUAUCUUCUCCAGGUGGCAAGGGCCUCUAAUUUCACGACCUCAUUGUCUCUUUGACAUUACUCCUUGACAUAAUUAAACUGUGUAUUUUGGCACUCCACUAGGGAAAGAAUUUCUUUUGAUUGAAAGACAGACGACAUUUCGAAAAUUCGCUUGGUGCAUGUAGCAUAAACAAUACAAACGUAAUAACAUUGGCACACCUAUGAACUUUCUUUGAAAAAACCCGCGAAAAGUUCGCAGAAAGUAUGGGUAAUUUCAGCUCCAGUCUCCCUAGGUAAAAUCAAUGCUUUACUUUAACGCCUGGGGAAUUGUUUUGUUAAAAAUGGCGUACUCGAAGGUGAAAGCGGCAGCUUUUCUCUCUCGAAUCCGCCAUAGAGUGUAGGUUAUGUCGCGUUUAUCGGAGCGACAAGUGUUUUCAGCUUUGAAAACCGAACCCAUCUAGUGAAGAAUCGACGAGAUAUUGUGCACUAAAACGAAGUGAUGUUGGAAUUUACUAAAUGGAUAGAAGGUAAGGUCGGUAGUGUUUACGAAGUAGCAGGAAACAAUAAUGUAGUUUGAGUACAUUUAGCGCUUUGCCCCAGGGUAUUUCAAAAUGGCGUCAUAAAAUGUUACUUUACAAAAUUCGUGAAACCAAACCGAAAAUGAUGAGUUUUCUCCCAAAACAAACUUCGAAACAAAUUUUAGCAACAGUAGUCUUACACUCAAUAGGAGUUAGCUUGAGCAGUUUCAAAUAUUUUUAUUAAUGAAGGAAUAAAAAAUUACUCUUCAUAUGUUUUCAGUAACACGAGAGACAAAUCAGCGCUUCAACUGCGCAUGUCGCUUCGACUUUUCUGGCGAUGAAUUAUA